AGCGGCAGCAUUAAAUGAUGGAAAAGUCCGCGAAAUAUAGGCGAGGUUGUAAAUAAUAUUUCCAAGACUCGUCUUAUAUAACCAUACUGAUUUAUAUAUCAGCGUGUACUUUUACACGUUGCAUCUAUGAGUCGUUUUGAAGUCUGACUUUUGGAAAGUUAUAUAGUUUCUGCAAGUUUGAGUAGAGGUGUGCCGGUGUGAUCGGUCGUUCCGCCUCACUGGGUCUGGGUGAAUGUGGACGUGAAUCUGACGACCCCACCAUCAACAUGAACAACCGAUAUCCACUGAGAAACAUCCCAGUCCGAGGCCAGGACUACAUCAACCCAACACUUGCUCACGUGAUGGACCUGUUGAAUACCUGGCUCCCUCCAACGCCUGUGACAUCACCCGAUGAGAUGGUCAUACAACAGAGGAGUCGACGCCGCCGCAGUCCACCCAAACAUCAGUCCCCAGUCACGAGCCUCAGUACAGAUUUCCAGUCGUUUGAGUCACCACCCAGGGACCACCUGAUGACCACGCCCGAUGUGGGAGACACGCCCCUCAGACAUGCAGCAGUUGCUGGUAUCAGGAAGAGACUGUUGAUGAGCCCAGAGUCUGACGCCACAGCACUCACAAAGACUCUAGCCCCGCCCUACAAAAAGACAAGGAAACGUGAGAGUGCUCAGCGUGGGAUGUCGGACGACCUCCGACAGGAGCUAUCAGCCUUGAGUAACCAACAGCUGAUAGAAGUCAUUUCCAACAUUGCAAAACGAUAUUCCCUGCAGAAGGAAGUGAGGUCAGCAUUACCCGCCCCUGAUGUGUCCCCGCUGGUGAGGAACCUGGAGUUCUUCUGUCGCAACAUUCUUCGAUCUCUGCCGACAUCACGGCUGAUGAAGGAUGCUGGAUGCUACCAUCGAGUGCGCACCCACAUCGACAACUUUAAGGAAGCCUGUAUCAGCCAAGGGAGACAACUCCAGCAGUGUAGGGCGUGGCUUGCUCUGUGGGACUAUGUGCGGGGAGCCUGGGUUGUGGUGGACAAGCUUCCUGUCUGGUGCCAUGGCAACCAGAACAAGGCCAAAUUGGCAUGUCAAAGGUCACUGGCAACUAUGGCAAAAACAGUGGCAAAAAGUGGUGGACUUACCCAGACAAGUCUCACCCAACUCAUCAAGUGGUGCAGGGAGAGACAGGGAGACUGCCCCGCCCUGGCUGCUUGUGUUCUGAUGGUGGAACAGACCUGACUGUCACCCCGACUGCCGACUCAUGUACAACACAGACCCAACUCAGUUGCUCCACCAGUCUCCAUAGGAUGUGUUAUCAAGUGAUGGCUUCAACAUACGUCCAACAUGGCAGCAUGUGGAAACAUGUUGUGCGGACAACACUACUUACUUGUUGCAAUGUUUCAUAUUAUUCGAGGAACAUUCACAUAUUACAGAACAUUUAUUUGGUAAUGUUACCAAGGUUACCACCUCUUCAGAUGGAGUUGCUUUUCCCACAUUUCCUGUUGUUUUAUUCAUUUACUGGUUGCCAUGGUAACUGAUAUUGUUGAUGUUAAUAGAUAAUGGUUUUGAAUUGAAUUAUUUCAUGAAAUAUGUUAAAUCUGAUGUUAAAAACAUUCAGCAUCAUGUUUUACUCUGUAGUAGUUACCUCCCCUUACUUCAUUGUGGAAUUCACCACAAGAGCCGUGGUAUGGAUGGGACUGAGGGGGGCACCAUCUUGACAUUGUUACUUCUGCAAUUAUGUUUGUGAAUAAAUAUUUUAAUGAA